UGAAAUCUUCUCCCUGAGAAAUAGUCGCAGCUGCUGCCAAACUAAGAGCAAUAAUUAUGAUUUGGCUCUGAUCUCACAUAUCCGUCAAUGGAAAGCGGGGCAAAGAAUCUUAUCUCCUUCAUUUUUUAGUAACUCGAUCAUAUCCUGAACGUUAAAGAUUCAACCGGCGAUUCAGCAGGAUGGUGGCUCAUAAUGGCGGUAGUUGUAAUUUCCUUGCCGACGAAAAAAUAGAAAUCAACAAAUAAUCUGUUUCACUUACCGAUCUUGUUUCCAGAGGACCAUUCACUUAUUCAGCAUGAUUUGGUUGAUUUGGAAAAUGCGAAUCUCUUACCAAAAUUGAAUCCCAAACCCCAAUAAUACUCGAAUCCAGAACAUAAUUUGGUAUUUAUAUCGGCGAGAGGUGGUGGACUCGUGAUUGGGGAUCAAGAAGACGAUGGAGCGGGACACGAAAGGCUCCGCAGCACCUCUGCUGGAAUCGUCUCCUUCUGGAACAGCUUCUAGGCUUCAAACCCUGGGAAAUAUCAUAGUCUCGAUUGUUGGUACCGGUUGGGUGUACUGGGAUUGCCUUUGCUUUCGGAUCGCUGGUUGGCUUGCUGGCUCACUUGGAGUUGCCAUCGUGGGCAUGACCACCUACUAUUGCAUGCUCCUCCUUGUCAGUUUUGUGCAGAGAGAGAAGUUGGCAGCAGAUGGAUCAUCACUCGAAGCAAACACAUAUGGAGAUUUGGGUUAUAAGAGCUUUGGAACCUUUGGUCGAUAUCUGUCGGAAUUUCUUAUUUUGGUGGCACAGAGUGGAGGUUCCGUUGCAUAUUUGGUAUUCAUUGGCCAAAACUUCCAAUCUAUUUUCCAAACGCACAGUCUCGCAUUCACAUCCUAUAUAUUUUUGUUAGUGCCGGUUGAAAUUGGAUUAUCAUGGAUAGGGAGCUUAUCUGCUUUAGCUCCAUUUAGCAUUUUUGCUGAUAUUUGCAAUGUCCUAGCGAUGGGAAUUGUGGUGAAGAACGAUAUACAGCAAGCAAUAAGGGGUGAAUUUUCGUUUGAACAGAGGACUGCUAUCACAUCCAACUUAGGGGGACUGCCUUUUGCAGGAGGCAUGGCAGUCUUCUGUUUUGAAGGGUUUGGGAUGACAUUGGCCUUGGAGAAUUCUAUGCAGGACAGAGCUAAAUUCCCAAGAUUGCUGGCUCAAACCUUUGGUGGGAUAACACUUGCGUACAUUCUUUUUGGGUUUUUUGGUUACAUGGCUUAUGGUGAUGAAACUAGAGAUAUUGUAACCCUCAAUCUCCCCAGGAAUUGGUCAUCUCUAGCAGUUCAGGUCGGAUUGUGCCUGGGGCUUGUUUUCACGUUCCCAAUCAUGUUACACCCUAUUAAUGAAAUUGUGGAGGGCAGGUUGAAAAGGAUCAAAUGGUUUUACAGGCCUUUCCAUGGGGACAAUAACGAUUCAACGACCAGACUAGGAAAGGUUGGGAUCUACGUAAGUCGUGCUGUUGUGGUCGUUGUGUUGGCAAUCUUCGCUUCUUGUGUGCCAGCUUUUGGCGUAUUUGCCUCAUUUGUGGGGAGUACCGUGUGUGCAUUGAUCUCAUUUGUUUUGCCAGCCACAUUUCACCUAAAGCUGUUUGGUUCUUCUCUACAUCUUUGGCAGAAAGCUUUGGAUUCUAUUGUAAUGUUCUGCGGAUUAUUUUUUGCCGUAUAUGGCACAUACAAUACCAUAGUUGGAGUUUAAAUGCUUCUGGACCUGCAUCCUACUCAGUAAAAGCCUUUCUGAAACACAAAGCGGUAUUUCUCAUG